AUGAAACAUCCAGUCGCAUCCUUGCUGCUCUUGGCCAGCCUGCUCUGCCUAACGGCUCAGGCCGAGAAGCCUGCGCAUGGUCUGAAGGCUCGUCGCGGCUCCUACUUCAAUGAGCCUGCCUUGGCCCGGUCCAACGAUGCUAGCGCUGCUCUGGCUCUCGAACAGAAUGCUGACAAGGAUAACACGGCAGCCAACAACAAAGAUCCCUCUAGCGGACGCCUCUUCCUCAAGAAGUUCCUCAUGUUCAAGAACAUGUUCAGCAGCAACAAUCAGCCGGUGAUACCCAUUAUAAUAACUGGAGCCGGCAGUGGCUCUGCGCCCACUAGCCCCACCCUGACAGUGUCGUCAACCGGCUCCUUGCCCUCGGCUACGGGCACCAUAACCUCGCCCACAUCGCCCACUUCGCCCACUUCGCCCACAUCGCCCGCGGCCCGUCAAUACUUCGAUCAGCAGGAUGACGACCAGGCAGAGGCCGAUGCAGCCGAUGAGGAGGCCAAGCCAGCUGCCGGCGGCAUUGCCAUGGCCGCCAACGCUGAGUUGAUCGACGAACAGGCCCUGCAGGCGGCCAUCGCAGCGGGCGCCCAGGAGUACGAAGUGUUCACUGAUGGCGAUCAGUCCGAUACCGGCGCCACCGAGAGCAAGGCCAGCCAAAACAAUCGCAUCAAUUUGCGCCGCAAGGGUGCUCGUCGUGGUCAGGGACAGAUGAUCAGUGUGCGCAUUCCACCACGCUACCGACGCUACUUCAAGAACGGCCAGAAGGUCAUGCUCAACACCAAGAACAGGCCCAACAAGCGUCGCGUGGUCAGGAAGCGUAUCCACAACAAGAACAAGCGCUUCAACAAUCGUCGUCGCGGUGGCAAGAACAAGAACAAGAAGGGCAAGAACAAGAACAGGCGCCCACGCCUCCCACUUGCCUAA